UAGCGGUCGACAAUAGCUCAAACACUAUUUUUAGUUCAUAUCACAAAAUUGUCUAUCCACGGAUCCUUAUCUCAUUGUCAUCGGUGUUUUAACAUGGGCUAAAAAAUCAAACCACGACCGCCGUACAGCGCAACGCACGAAAAUAUAUGUAUAACUAUUAACUACCUUCAAAAUCGAUACCGCUCUCAGUACACGUUGUUUUUCGGGCGGGCGUAGUGUGUAUAGUUGUCGCUAGAAUUUUUUUAGUGUAGUAAACAAGGGAACAUGCUUUAAAUUAAAAGAAAUAUAAAGAAAGAUUUAGCCAUGGAUGCCAGUGUUAAAAGAUAUAUAAGAAGUGAUUCAGCGAGUUGCGCUCACAUGGUCGAGGAUGGGUCGUCCAACAACAGAAAGAGCGCUGACCCCCACGAGAAGCUGAAGGCUUUGUUGAAUUCCCCCGAAGAAGACACGGACGAUACUCUGCCACCUUGUGAUGCUCCUAAGUUCGGAACUGUCAUUCAUAAUAGAAUUUUCGUAGGAGGUUUUUCUUUGACGACCACCGAUGAAGACCUGUGGAAGUUCUUCUCCGGCUUCUCAACCGUCACAGCGGCGAGGGUCAUCUACGACCGAGCUGGUGUCUCCAAAUGCUACGGCUUCGUCACCUUCGCGAGCCAGAGGGUCGCCAGAUUAAUAGUCAAACAGAGCGGUGGAGUGAUGUUCUCGCCACUCGGUAGACUUCGAGUAGCUCAGGCAGUGAGAAAACAGUCACUAUUUCAGAUGAGUCAGAUUCCGAUGCUGACAUCAGAGGCCGCGCCGUUGCAGGCGCCGCUGUGCUACCAACUGAUCUGCCCCCCACUAGCCCCGCUGCCGACGUGUGCUCCCUGCGAGAUCCCUCCACCACCGUACGCGGUGUACCCUGUACCUUUCGAUACAGCUCCAGCAUUGUACGCGCCCCCGGCCCAGUUCGCGCUGGUCCCGGCUCCAUACAGCGCCACCUGCUGCGAGCCGGCGUGCUGCGCGCCCCUCGACAAGCAACCUCGCCUGCCAGCGCCUCCCCUCCACCCCGCCUUCAUCUACUAACUCUUCCAAUAACCGUCACACUGCACAUUAAUUAUAUAUAAUAUAUUAUUUAAUAUUAAUCACGUGAAGCGAUGAGACGCUUCGAUCGAUAGCGUACGUUUUAGAUUAUUUAAGAUAUAUUUGCUAUUGUAUUUCCACCUGUAUCGCCUCGGCCGCUGUUUGUAUAUAUUUUGGAGUUUAUGAAGCAUUUCUUUCGCUCGGGUCUUCCAAGUUUCAUUGUGCUCAAUCAAACGGGUUCAGCUCCUUGCAUAGAGUCGGAUUGUCGGUAAGGGAUCGGAUCGUUGGAAACUUUGAAGUGAUGUAAAAGAAGUGUUCAAGAUUAUUAGACUUUGGUCUAUUUGGGUGUGUUUUUGACAAUUUUGACUUUAUCUGGUUGUCUCUUAGAUAAAUAUAAUGUUAUACAAUAAUUAGCUUCAACGACUCGUUAUAAGUAUUGUGUCUGUGGAUUUGCGUGAUAUGGUUACUUUAAGAUCAAUGUGUUUACAGAAUGCGUUAUGUCUCUACUUAUUUUAUAAUAGAUAUUAAUCGUUACCGACGCUGGGAGAUGUCGCCGACGUGUCACGCUCCUUAAAGGUUAGUCCGAGUUACACAGUUCGUUAAUGUUAUAUUAUAUGUCACGUAACUCUCUCUCGUUAAAAAACUCACGAUAAAUAAAAGAAUAUAAAUUUUAAACAUAUAAAAUAAGAAUGACGAACAUAACGCAUUAGAUAAUUUCAUAGCCUAAUAUAUUAGUACGUAGUUUAUGAUAAUGUGAACGCGAUAGGAAGUCAACGAAACGUAGCACAAAGUAAUAAGUUGCUAGGCGUUAGGAAGUAUUACCUCGACACAAGACAUUUGUUAGUAGCGCUUGUUAUCCUUGAAAAGGAUUUUGUUCGACCAUAGAGUAAGAUUGCUCCGUUGCCCUAAGAGCUAGUUCGAGAAAUGAAUACUAUUUUUUAAUGUUUUAGUUACAAAGCUAUUGACAAUGAAAUAUUUCUGGGGUCCAAAAUGUUAUAAAAUAUUUGAAAUUACAAAAACACGUCACAAAUAAUAUAACUCGAUGCGAGUGUGUCUCGUGUGAGAUGUUUUUGUUUAUCAAAUGUUCGUAAUCGUUGUAAAUUUUAUGUCUCGGUGAAAGACUUGCGUAGAGAAGUAACCUCAGACGAAACGAACGGAAUAAGUAUAAUGAUAUCAUUAAAAGUAACGAGCUCUCAUUGAAAUGUAGUUGUAUGUCGUAUCAGAGAUUUAUAAGAAGCCUAAAACUAUAUUAAAGAAGUUAAAUCGAAACGUUAAGAGAACCAAUUGAAAUUUUAUGUAAUGAAAGGGAACGUUGGAAUCGUAUGAGAUUUAUUGUAGCUGUUUCAUUUUUUUGUAGCGUUUAAAUUUUUUUACGACCCCGUUAUGACAAAACUACAAUAACAUAGGACCAAAAUGCAACGCGAUUUAUAUAGGUUGCCUUGUUUGAACAUUCAUAUUUUGUUGAAUUUAAAAAAAAUUAUAACAGAACGUAGGGCAAAUAUUUAUAUAUUUUAUAACAGUUUUUGCAUAAGGUUUAUCGUUAAUGUAAUUGUUGUAAUCAUUAGUGUAUCUGUAACCGGCUUCAACACUUCACACGAAGUAUAAAGACUAAAUCUAUAAAACAUCAUUUAUUAUAAAAAGAAUCUUUAAUAAUACUAACGUAGAUUUAAUCAAUGCAUUUUAUCAAAUUUCAUUCUGUCUUUGUAACGUUUCUAUCUUCAUAGUUAACGCGGCCAUAUCUUCAACGUCCUUAUAUAACGACCGAUGUCUUGAACCCUGUCUGUUAGAUAACUUAAGGCACAUUAAAAAUAUACUAAACGCUACAUCGAAGCGCACGGUACUGUACGCGAUGUAUAUUUAGACGAUGUUCUGAUUCGAUCGGUGCACGCCCUCUAUUUAUGCUUGGGCUCAAAAAUUAUAUAUGGCAAAAUUAUCUUUAAACAAUAAUGAUAAUAAAAAAAAAGAUUUCUUUCAGUAUAUAUAAAAUAAACCUUCAUACGUUUACGUCACUCGUAACGUGAACGAGAACGCUGUCAAUUUGUUAACUUGAUCUUUAAAUAUAUUAGGCCGUAAGUAUAUCGCUGUAUCUAUCAAUGUUUUGCUUGAACUGAUUUUUCUUGGAUAUGCUAUAUUAUUAAUAUUCGCGUAUAGUAUAAGAUUGUUAAUACGUUUUAAUUUCGUCGAGUGAGAUAUUUUUAUAUGGGAUAACGUUGAUUUCAUUUGUAUCACAUAUUUUUUUUAAAACGAUUUUUCUUUGACAUUAAUUUUUUCAUUUUUGAGGCCUCGACCUUAUCGGCUGACAUAUCGGAAGUUAAUCAAAUUAUAAUACGCAUGUAUUGAUUUUCGUCGAACAUAUAGUAUCUCCCUAGACGUAUAGGUUCGUGAGUAUUAAGCGUGUAAUUUAGACAAUAUUAAGUUAAACGAAGUAAGAUUACUUAAAUUAUUAUGAUAUAUAUAGUUUUUGUGAUUAGUGAGUAACGUCUGAUGUCUUUGUAUGUAUAAAGAGCCUCUUUCUCAGUAUAUUGCAAAGUUUUAUAGAGAAAAAGAUUUUCUAUUGUAGUUCGGUUUGAAUCUUCUUCGACGCAACAACAUACAUUAAACAUGGCUCAGAAGAUCGUAGGUAUCACAUUAUUUGGUAGCACCGUUCCCUUGUAUCGCAGAAGGUAGCCGUCCUUUUAUUUUCAAACCAGUGAAUCUUCGAGGGUUUGCUUAGAUACGGAAAGAUCCGUCGUUGGUAGAAAUGUACAGGGACUAAGACAAUAUCGUCAAGUUAGUAAAUCUUCUCUAGUUAAAGGAGAGUGAUCGCUCGGGACGGACUUCCUUUGACUGUUCCGUUGCUGUAUAGCUUUAUUCGCCUCAUCUUUCUUCCUUCCAUCACCAGAGCGCCGCUUCGACUUUAAUAUGGUUUACCAGCUUCUUGGGUUCAGUUCGCACCAACCGAACAUCCGACUAAAACUGCCACAUCGGAUCUCAGACGGGUUAUCGUAAUAGUGUAUACAGCUCAGUGGUCGCUUCAUUUGACACGGAUCCUAUUCGAAAACAAUCUAAAGGCUUGUUAGUCGACCUAUUUUCCCGUAAGUUAGUGACAUUUUUGAUAACUUUACAAGUUUAUAUUCUGAAUUCAUUAUCUUUUUAGACACUUAUAUCGCUAUAUUCUGUUGUUGUAGAUGUGUAUCCCUAUACUGCUAUUGUAUGUUAAAUGUUGACUACUUUUAAGAGUUCUUAACAUUAAUUCUCUGGCCUAAAAUCUAUUCAGCGCUUCUAGUUGUUGUGAUGUUUUUUCUCCUGAGAGUGUCUGUGUCUGUGUCUGUGUCUGUGUCUGUGUGUGUCUGUGUCUGUGUCCUUAUAUAGUAAUCGAUACGAUUGUCAACCUUUUUAUAUUUUCUACUUCAUCGUGUGUCUACUCUUCAACUUAACUGUUCAAAACUUUCUCAUUAAUCUAUUUCUCCAUACUUAUCACCUUAAUAAUGAAACACUUAAAUUUCCCAAAUAAGUUAUUUUUUCAAUUUUAUUCCGUUUCAGAUGAAAAUAUUUUUUUGUAAUCCGACCUAUUUCCAAAUAUAUAAUACUAUAUAAAUUAUCAAAUGCUACAUAUACAUAUUUUUAUUUGUUGAAUAUUUAUAUAUUGUCUGUGUUUACAAAAUAAAAAAAUAUAUAAAAAAUAACAAGUAUGUUCCAUUAAAAAAACUACUACAUUUAAGCUAUACCCGUAAUGUUUCAUCGUGUUUUAUCUGACUUAGGACGUGAUAUAUUCCAUUAUCUGAGUGUUGUUCGGUAAGCUAGCUCUAGUGUCGCGUCACGACGCACAUAGCGGGAUACGAAUUACCCUAAGCUUGUAAUAGUUCGUCGGAGGUAGUCGUACGAUCAUUGUUUGUUGUUAUUAAUAAUAAUGAAUUAUCGUCUAGACAUAUAUAUGUGAUAUUGUUAUUGGAAUUAUAGAUAUUUUAAUGCUAACUUACUGUAAUCUUCUUGUUGACUUGUGUAAUAGGAAUACUGAGGUAAUAUUAAGGUGAGCUGACUCUACGCGUCGCUCCGUUUAGGAUAUCUAGAUUAUUGUUGUAUACGCGUAAUAUCUGCAAUACAUAUUAAAGUUGUAUAGUCGAAAACUAAAAUUUGGAUGUUUUUAAAUAUUCAUCGCCUGUGUACAAUCGAAGUCUUUGCUAUUUCUGAAUCUAUGUCUAUAUAUGUGUGAUAGGAAUAUGAGGAAAUACAAACCGGCUCCGCGUCAGUUUCCACACCACGCACGAUAAUUUAGGUUUAAUUUUUGAAGCCGACAACAGUAUCAAAAUUAUAUUUUAUUGUUAUUAUAGAGUUAUUUAAAAUUAAUUUCUUUGUGAGAGUUUACAAAAGAUACAUAUAAAGAUAAAAUAAACUAUCUGAACAUAUAAGUGUUUCACAUUGAAGUACAGUUAACAGAUAUACGAUAUUGUUUUAUUGUGAUUAUAAUUUUAUUUCCGUCUCCGGGAGAAUAAAAUAUUUUUAAUCUAUGUGAAUUUUAUAUUAACGAUCUUUACAGUGAUUUUAAAAUGUCUGAACCAACUCGUUGUUAAAACAUCGAAUACCAACUUUCACGUUUCAUUAUUUUGCUGUGCAAUUUUAUGUCCGGACAGAUACUUCCCUAUUUAUUGAAAUAAGUACAAUAAAUAUUGAAGCAAUAACGAGUAAUUAUAAUUAAGUCAAGCGUAAUAAAUUAACUAUACGGUGAA